AUGGAAUCCAGCGGGGAGGAGCUCCUGAAGAAGAUCCGGCAGCUGGAGGUGGGCCAGGCGCAGCUCAAGCAGGAGAUGUCCAAGUUCGCGCUGCCGCCGACCGGCGGCGGAGGGGAGCGCCGGCGCUCGCAGUCCGUCUCCCCCAGCCGCGGUGCGCCGCCUCAUCCUGCGCCGGCGCCGGCGCCCUCGAGGCGGCUCUCCGGGGGGCUUGAUGCAGGCCCGCGGGCGUGGGGCCGUGGCUCCGCGUCCUUCUCGCACUCGUCGCCGCUGCAGCGGGAAGGCCGUGCCGCGGCGGAGGGCGGCGCCACGGGCGCUGGGCUGGCGGAGCGGCAGUACCGCAGGGUGCUCCAGUCGCUGGGGCAGUCCGUCCACAUUCUUGACCUCGAUGGAAGGAUCAUAUACUGGAAUCGGUCUGCAGAGAAUCUCUAUGGUUAUCCUGCAUCAGAAGUACUUGGUCAGGAUGCACUCAUGCUGCUGGUUGAUUCCCGUGACCUCAGUGUGGUAAAUGAUAUGUUUCGACGUAUUUCUUUGGGUGAGAGUUGGACUGGGAAGUUUCCAGUUAAGAACAAGGCAGGGGAUAGGUUUUUAGCUGUUGGCACCAACACUCCAUUUUAUGAUGAGGAUGGCAGUUUGGUGGGCAUUAUUUGUGUUUCAAGUGAUUCACGCGCAUUGGAGGAGAUACUCAGUGGACCUUCAACCUCUGCAAGGUCCCAUUCAGAAUCAUCUAGCCCCUCCUGUUGUGAUGGCAGUUGCAGCAACAGUAAUCGAAAAGCCAGUUUGUUGAACAGAAAUCCGUUUGAUCCCCAGCAGUCUACUAUAGCCUCCAAGAUAACAAAUUUGGCUAACAAGGUCACAAAUAAAGUUCGUUCGAGGGUCAAGAUGGAUGAGAAUGGCAUGGUACGGGAAGGUGGCAGUGGUGAGAGUCAGUGUUCUGAUCGUGAUAACAAGGAAGGUCCAUCUAGUGGACCAAGUACACCAAGAGGAGAUGCACCACAUGGUGCCUUCGGCACGGAAGAGAAUUCCCCUGGGAAAUCAACCAAAACAAACGGUGAUGAAUCAGAAGCGAAAAUAGGUCUCCACAAGAUCUUGAGUUCAAAAGCAGAGGCAUUGUUGAACAAGAAAGGGAUAACAUGGCCUUGGAAAGGGCGGGAGAAUGAUGUGCCUGACUGCAGAAAUCAGGUGACCUGGCCAUCGUUGCAUAGUGAGCAAGAGAAUGGCCAGAAUCAUCCGAAAGUCUCUGACACUCAAUUGGCUGAAUACAACCAACCUAACAAAAACGAGGCAUCAGGUUCCUGGUCUUCUUUCAACAAUAACAGCUCAAGUAGUGCAAGCAGCACUGGAAGUACCAAUAGUAGUGCUCUAUACAAAAUCGACCAUGAAGCAGACUGUCUGGAUUAUGAAAUCCUGUGGGAAGAUCUUGUAAUUGGAGAACAAGUAGGCCAAGGCUCCUGUGGGACAGUAUACCAUGCUUUGUGGUAUGGCUCGGAUGUGGGUGUGAAAGUUUUCUCCAGGCAGGAAUAUUCGGAGGAAGUAAUACAGGCCUUUCGACAAGAGGUAUCCCUUAUGAAGAAAUUACGCCAUCCUAAUAUACUGCUCUUCAUGGGUGCGGUUACAUCUCCACACCGCCUUUGUAUUGUUACCGAGUUCCUCCCACGUGGAAGUUUAUUUCGCUUACUUCAAAGAAGCACUACCAAGUUGGAUUGGAGACGACGUGUUCACAUGGCUUUAGAUGUUGCAAGGGGCAUGAAUUAUCUUCAUCACUAUAGCCCACCUAUCAUUCAUCGAGAUUUAAAGUCGUCAAAUCUGCUGGUUGAUAAGAACUGGACUGUUAAGGUUGCAGAUUUUGGUCUUUCACGUCUCAAGCGUGAAACUUAUCUCACAACAAAAACAGGAAAAGGAACGCCACAAUGGAUGGCUCCAGAGGUAUUGCGCAAUGAACCUUCAGAUGAGAAGUCUGAUGUGUAUAGCUAUGGGGUGAUCCUAUGGGAACUUGUCACUCAGAAGAUACCGUGGGAAAAUCUCAAUUCAAUGCAGGUCAUUGGUGCAGUAGGUUUCAUGAACCAAAGGUUGGAGAUUCCCAGUGAAACAGAUCCUUACUGGACAUCACUUAUACUGAGUUGUUGGGAAACCACAAAGCCGUCCGUCGUUCCAAGAACUUCUGGAGAAGCUCAGGGAACUGCAAAGGAAGUAUGCUGUCCAGAAUCAGGCGCAGCGAAAUGCAUCUGCCGCUGCGAAGAACAGCAUCAUCGAGGAAUGAAGAUUCCAACAACCUGCCAAGGCGGUGAGUUUGCGAGUGAGGAGGGAACAUCGUCGGUGAUGGAGUGGCGUUUUAACCCAAGAAAAGAUUCGUGCCUCCCGUGUGAUUGUUUCACGGAACAGCCGAUGCUGAAGAUUGUGCAGAUGGGGUAUCCUCCGACCGCAACUUCUGGCAGCAAAGAUUAG